AUGCCUCUCCGCGCAGAACGGCCCAUAGUGCGCGUCGAGCACAGCUCCAUGCGCACCAUCGAAACCCGCAGCACCGAGAACCUGUUCGGCCUCUGGUCUGUCUUUGCACGAUGCUCGCCCGCCAUGGAAGACGGCAAACGCUACGAGAACAUGGCCUGGCGGCUGUGGUCCCGUGAGACCUUCUGCUGCCAGCCCGACCCUGUGGCUGCUCCCCAGUGGGCCUUCCAGCGACAAUUGUCCGCUAGUGCUACGGACAUGCCCGAGCUGUCUACCAGCGUCGCCUCCGACGACUCCAACCUGGAGAGCGCCAUCACCACGACUUCCCGAAGUGAUCUCUCGGCCGACCGCCCCGACCUGCGCCGCCACGACUCCGCUACCAGCCAGGCCCGCGGCAAGCACAUGACCCCCAUUGGCCUCGAGAAGGUCGUCAACUCGAUACAAGAGAAGAAGUUCAUCGAGCCGCUGUCGCCCCUACCAGCCCAGCUCGCCCCACCUGUAGCCGAGCAGAAGCCCGUUCAGGACAACACCACGCCACCAUCCACCGCCCGCCCCAUCCCCGAAGCCUCCACUUCCACCGUAGCCACCUCGGUCAGCUGCGACAUCAUGAGCCCUGCAGUCGGCUCCGAAGCCAGCACAUCCACCGACGUGAGCGAGCACAGCGUCGUCCGCGGCUUCGAGCCCGGCCACAUCUCCACCUCAGUGCGAUCCAGCACCAACCUGAACCCUACCCCCAUCCUCAAGAAGACCUCCAGCUUCGUUACCAAGCCGCUUCCCGCAAAGGCCGACGCCAGCAAGAAGAGGCAGCCCAUGUUCACUCUCGGCGGAUCCUCCGAGGAGGAGAACGGCAGCUCCUUCGAGGCUUACUCGCUCCAACGCAGCUCUCUCUCACAGCAGCUGCGCAACGCUGCUCCCAUGCGCAAGACUACCUCCUUCAAGAACGAGGUCAGCACGCGCACUUUCCACGACGUCUCCGAGAGCAGUGAGGCGGCCAUUGAGAGCGACAGCGAAGACGACGAUGUCGACGAGAGCGCCAUUGAAGAGGAAGACUCCGAUGAGGAGUGGGAAGACGACGACAACGAGGAGAGCGGUCCCCCCAGCGUUGCUGAGCACCGUCCUCAGUUCCCGCGUGUUGACUCGCAGGCCAACCUCACCUCCCGCCGCUCGCUUCUCACUACUGCCCUCCACCAAGGUGACCGCGCAUCAGCUCUGCAAAAUGCUGCAUCGCGAUCAUCACCUGCCAUCCGAAGGUCACGCACCCAUACACCAAACGGACCUUCCGCUGGCAGCUCACCUCACGAAGACAGUGGCUUGAUGAUGCGCGAGCAAGCCUCCCGCCCAAAGCCUAUCAUCAUGACUACCUCAAACGUCCACCCACCUGCCAUGUCCCCCAAGACUACGCGCAGGAACAUGCUGACCAGUGAGCUCACUGGAUCACUAAGGCAAAACCUGCUGUGGGAGAGGCAGCAAAAGAAUGCCACCACUAACGCGGUAGCAAAGCGCCAACAGAGCGCAGUCAACCUUCCAGCCCUCCGUCGGGCCAUGACCACCGGCGACGUCAAGGGUCUAAACACCAACGAGCAACAAGCUCAAAUUAGAUCCACCACUUUCCGGGACGACAACAAGCCCGACAGCUCAUACAACCAAUUCUUUGAUGGCGGAGACGCCCAAGAAUACCACCGCUCCGGUUGGUAG